AUGGCGAAUGGAGAAAAAAAACUGGAAGAGGCGAUGCAAAUCAGAGUAGUCCUCAGUAUAAAAAUUGGGAUGAUUAUCCAUGGCUUCCUAUUAAAUGAAGUCGUAGUCUUUAACGAACGGUUGGAGUUUGUAGAAGGGUUCGUAAGGGAUUCUUUUAUUGAAGUUGUGUGGCACAACAACGAUAGAACGAAAGAAGGGCGAGGGAGUUGCAGGAAGAUUGAAGAGCAAACAAAGCUCGAGCAUGGUAGUUGCCAUCCCAAGCUGCCUCCUCUCUCGUUCUUCUCACCAAUAGGAAAACUUGAACACAAAACUAAGACAGUUCACUUGACCCAAGCUUAUGCUGCAGCAGCUCUUUCUCAGCUAAAUUUAUACAACCCUGAUGUGUCUGUGCAGGGGAAGCUUGUGACAGAGUUUGGCUGUGGAGGUAUUGUUGUUGGCUGCACAUUCGACCACAGAGUCGCAGAUGCAUACUCUGCAAACAUGUUUUUGACAAGUUGGCUACUGGUAUGCACCCAGAAGGUCAAGGACACGAUGAAUUGUGAAAUAGGAAUAGUUGUAGAUGGUCGCCUACGCUUAAAGGAGAUUAGAGUUUCUGCUAAUUACUUUGGCAGUGUUCUAAUCUUGCCCUUUGCUGAGUCUAAUGCUUAUUGUAUUAAAAGAAAAUUACUUUGUUGGAGUGCAGCGUUAAUUCAUGAUGCCAUACAGAGUGCAUCAAAUAAGGAUAAUUUUCAAAGCUUAAUUGACUUCGUGGAGACUACAAAGCAAACACCUGCCUUAGCGAAGAUUUACUGCACAGAAAAUGCCAUGCAGUCUUCUGGACCUGCAGUUUUGGUGUCUUCUGGACUGCGGUUUCCUUUGUAUGAGGCUGAUUUUGGAUGGGCAAAGCCUACGUUUGGAAGGUACCAUUUCCCUUGGGGUGCUGAAGCAGGCUAUGUCAUGCCAACUCAGAGCCCUGCAAGAGACUGUAGUUGGAUAGUAUACAUGCAUCUUCCUCUGGAUCAGUGA